GUUAAAACUUGUGCAUUAUCUGAGCUGUAAAGUUGUUUACAUCGUCAUGGUAACAAAGUUGUAAAAUCAGCUACAACUUUAAACAGAAAAGGCUCUCUGGGGGAUUUGGAGGUCUUGGCCUGGCUCGGGUUGGUGUAGGUGGUAUGGCUAGACUGGGUCUGGGGCUAGGAGGUGGUGUUGACUUAGGUGCAGGGCUUGGUCUGGGAAGAGGAAUGGGCUUUGGUGGAGGUCUCGGCUUUGGCAUUGGUGGAGGUACUGGUGCAGGUGCUGGUGCAGGACUGUUACUGGGUGGCGGUGGUGGAGCACUGGUUGCCAGUCCUGCAUUCACUAUGGGUCGCACCAUUGCUGCAGGAGGGCUCAGUACAAGCUCUGCGCUCGCCGCUGGCUCUGCAUCAGGUGUUGCUGUGGCCCCGAUACUUUCCAGAGAGGCUGAGAAGCACACACUUUCUGGGCUCAAUUAUCGUUUCUCUGGGUACAUGGCCAAAGUACGGGUGCUACAGCAGGAGAAUGCAGCUCUGGAGGCCAAGCUUUCCCAGCUGACUGGUGGGACAGACAUGUCCCAAGAAUCAUCUGGGACUACUACAGUGGAGUAUGAGGCCCAGUUAAGUGAAUAUCACAGUACACUGGAAACUCUCACCACUGACACUGUCAAGUUGGAGAUUGAACUGGACAAUGUCUGUGGCACCGCCCAUGAACUGAAGGCUAAGCUUGACUUUGAACAAGGAGUGAAGUUUCAACUUGAGUCUGACAUUGCUGCCAUGAAAAAGGACAUAGAAAUGGCCUCUGACCUAAGAAUCGAUUUGGAUGCCAAAUAUUCUAGCCUGAAAAAUGAACUGAACUUUGUCACCAAAACACAGGAGGAGGAACUGUCAUCUUUGCAAUCUAAACUGGGCACAGCAACAAUGAACACUUCAGUCUCAAUGAUCGAAGUAGACACUGGCAAAUCGUUUGACAUCUCUACAGCUCUCAACAAGAUGCGAAUGAAAUAUGAGAAAUCUGUGCAGCAACACAGAGAGGAGGCUGAGGCAUACUACAAACUCAAGAUGGACGAGAUGCAGAUAACCAGUGCCAAAAACACAGAGGCUGUGUUAUCGGUCAAAGCUGAUAUCACAGCAGCCAGGAAAGAGCUGCAGACACUGAAUUUAGAGCUGCAGGGGCUUGUUGCUACAAAUAUGACUCUAGAGCAGAGCUUAGCAGAAGCCCAAUCUCAGUCCAGUGUGGGUGUUGCUGAGUACCAGGCACAGAUUGCUAGCCUGACAUCAGCCAUAGAGGUGGCUAAAGCAGACCUCCACAAACAGAUCCUGGCCUACCAAGAGCUGCUGGACAUCAAACUCGCCCUAGAUGUCGAGAUCUCCACCUACAGAAAGCUGCUGGAAGGAGAUGACUUCAAAAUGCCUGAGUUCACAGAGACAUCCUACACUUUUUCAGGGAGGGCUUUGCCCCACACCAGCACCCCCCAGGACUCCCCCCUUAACUCUGCCCUAAAGGACAUACAUAAUAGAUACAUCCUGACAGGCAAGUUUCACUCAAACAUGCAAGGGCAGUGUAGGACAGAAACCCCUUCAGGUUAUUAAAUGUUGACAAAUAGGGUAAAUCAAGCUAAUAUGGGACAUUUAGCAUUUAUGCAUUUGGUCUAUGCUUUCAUUCAAAGCAACUUACAACCCAUUCAAGGUAUACUUAUUAUUAGUAUAUGUGUGUUACCUGGUUUUCAAACCCAUGGCCUUAAGUGUUGCUAUUGCCAUGCUCAAAUUGAGCUUGAGGAAUUUUAAAACAAUUCAAGGAACGAAUACAUUUUACACUUUGAUUGUCACCCUGACACUUUAGAUCAACAAAUUAGACUUUAUCACAUGACAGCCCAGCUAGAAUAUGAUAAUGUUCUCAUAAAUGUGCAAGUGAAAAAGCAAGAAAUAUACACUACAGAGCUUAUGUGUCCUACAUUACCCAUGACCCAUAUUACCCUAAUUCAUUCUAUGUCAACCUUAUUCAUACACUGAAAAAUGUUUUAACCUACAAGUGUGCUUCAUGUUGUAUCAUCUAAAUAAACAGGUUUUAUUCAAGUCAAAACAUAUUAUUUAACAUCACUUAAUCAACCUGAAUACAUUAGGUGAAACCAACAAAACAAAUGUUAUGGGUUAUAUCAGGUAAAAAUUGCUCCUCACAGUAAAUAUAGCUUGUUACCACUUUUUACAGAGUAUGGACUAUUAAUAUUCCAAUAAAAUAUUAAUAAUAAUUUCUAUCCUCAACUCUUUACUUUUUUUUUCUCUCUCUUUGUAUCUGUACGUUCCCUUUUCUCUAC